AUGCUACGUUAUUCUGCAGUGUCGUGCAUGAGCAAACAUCCCGAGAUAGAGAAUGCGAACUGGACAUACGACGGAUGGGAUGGGAAAUACCCAGCACCUCCUGGUGCCGCCAUCAUCUACAUCUGCCGUCAACACUCGAGGCUCACGGAUGGAGAGCUCAAACACAAUGCCACCUGCUCCUUCCUUCCUGAUGACGCAUGGGAAACUUCCUUUCGCGGGAAGGACAUUCGAUGCCGUGAUGAGAUAGCUUAUCCUGAAUGUCGACUGACGGAUAUGGGGAAAGAAUACAUGGGCACCGUGAACAUGACAGAGAAUGGAAGUCCCUGCCUUAGAUGGGAUUCCCCUGAGUUGACAUCGUCAUUCCGCGAAGUCGGGGAAGGAUUCCAGGAAAAUAUGUUUUAUGAUGAGCAUUUUCUGAACCAGAACCCGUCCAUGCAUGAAAACUUCUGCCGGAACCCGACGUUGAACAUGGGACCCUGGUGUUUCAUCGACAAGGGUGGCUUGAAAUGGGAGAUGUGCUCGAUUCCAUUAUGUGAUGAACUGAGAGGGCCAGAAUGCAAGCUGACACAGAAGGGAGCGGAAUACGUGGGCUCAAGGAGCAUGACCAUUUCAGGUUCUCCGUGCAAGUCGUGGUCAUCUACGAAGAACUGGAAUGAGGGGCGAUUGUUUGAAAUGUGGAAGCAGGCAUUCCCUGAUUCCAUCACGGCUGAUCACAACUACUGUCGGAACCCAGAUGGGAAAAUGGGUGGUCCCUGGUGCUCAGUUCUGGAUGGAGAAAGUUCUGAGGAGACAUGGGGAUACUGCGAUGUGCAUUUCUGUACAAUGGAGGAAAAGGAGACAACGUGCGAGAUGGAAGGCCGUUGUCAGUCGAAACCCGUGGAGUGCAAAUUGACGAAGGAUGGAGACGAAUAUGUUGGGAUUAUGAACGAAGUGGCAAAUGUUGAGAUCAGGCCAAUGAAGUGCCAAUCUUGGUUGAGUCAGGCGACCAACAAACAAGUCCCAAUGCCGAGCCUGGAAAAAUUCCCUGACUCAGCUAUAGACAGCAGUCACAACUACUGUCGCAAUCCGAACCGAAAUCCGGACGGUCCAUGGUGCUACGCAGAAACAUCUAAUGGCAAUGGAUGGCAAUAUUGCGAAGUCCCCUUCUGUUUUCAAGCAUAUGAACGUUCUGCUGUCAAUGGUGACCCGGCAGUAGGAUACCCAGAAUGUCUGCAGACGGAAAUGGGGAAGGAAUACGUGGGGACGGUUAGGAAGACAGAGACAGGGAAGUCCUGUCUCAAGUGGAGUUCCAUGACAUCGUUUUUCGAAUUCUUCAGAAACACCCUGGGCUUUGAUCAGAUGAUAGGUUUUGAUGGUCAUUUCCGAUAUGGGACGCCUGCUUUGCAUGAGAACUUCUGCAGAAACCCGACAUUGAAGGAGCGACCAUGGUGUUUCGUCAAAAGCUCGGGAGAAUGGGAGUUUUGCAACAUCUCCCUCUGCCUCAACUACCCAAACAAGACGGAGUGCAAAUGGACAAAGGAAGGAGAAGAAUACGCAGGAACUCGCAACGUGACGUUGACCGGGAAUCAAUGCCUGUCGUGGAGCGCCUCCAAUUUCUAUAAUGAUUUAUGGCCAAGAUUCCCAGAGGACGUGAGGAAAACCCAUCACAACUUCUGUCGCAAUCCGCUGGGUAGAGAGGUGCCCUUUUGCUUGGUUGCUCAUGAAGAGUUUGAAGACUGCGAUAUCCCUUUCUGCACUUUUCACUACCUCCACUGA